AAACCCACCAAAAAUAUGACCGUUGGAAUAGAACCGUUGGGUCCUCUUCAUAAGAAAGGCGCCUCUCUUGCCUUCUUCUCCAUCACAAUCUCUCAUUCAUUCCUCACAGACUCUUUCACCAAAGAGAGAAUCAAGAAGAAUCUGCAGGAGAGAGAGAGAGCGAUUAUGGCGACGAGAACAAACAUGCCUGAACAAGUCAGAGGUGUUCCCGUCGCAGCAGCGGAUGGUGCAAAGAACCAGAACAAAAACGGCGCCGUAGUGAAGAACCGUCGCGCUCUCGGUGACAUCGGGAACCGUGUCUCUGUUCCCUUAGCCCAAGGAGGCAACAAGCCUCAGCCUCAGAUUAACCGGCCCAUCACCCGAAGCUUCCGUGCUCAGCUAUUAGCUAACGCCAACGCCCAGAACUGUGGUGAGAACAAGGCUCCGGUUCUUGCAGCCAAGAAGCCACAAGCUCCAAGAGCAGCGGUUCCAAAGAAGAAUCUAGUGAUCAAACAACAGCCUAAGAAGGAAGCUGCAGCAGCAGCAGCGUCACCCAAGAACAAGAAGGUGACUUACUCAUCGGUUCUCAGCGCUCGGAGCAAAGCUGCUUGUGGUGUAGCCAACAAGCCGAAGAUUCUCGAUAUUGAUGAGUCUGACAGAGAUAACCAUCUUGCUGCGGUGGAGUACGUUGAUGAUAUGUACUCGUUUUAUAAAGAAGUCGAGAAGGAGAGCCAGCCUGGGAUGUAUAUGCAGAUUCAGACGGAGAUGAAUGAGAAGAUGAGAGCCAUCUUGGUAGAUUGGUUGUUGGAAGUUCACAUCAAGUUUGAACUUAACUUGGAGACUCUUUACCUCACUGUCAACAUCAUUGAUCGGUUCCUAUCGGUCAAAGCUGUUCCUAAAAGAGAGUUGCAGCUUGUGGGAAUCAGUGCCUUGCUUAUAGCUUCCAAGUACGAAGAGAUCUGGCCACCUCAGGUGAAUGAUUUGGUGUAUGUGACGGAUAACGCUUACAACAACAAGCAGAUUCUGGUGAUGGAGAAGACUAUCCUUGGGAACCUUGAAUGGUACUUGACAGUGCCGACCCAAUACGUCUUCCUUGUCCGCUUCAUUAAAGCCGCGGUGUCUGACACAGAGAUGGAGAAUAUGGUUCACUUUCUAGCGGAGCUGGGGAUGAUGCACUAUGACACCUUGAAGUUCUGUCCCUCCAUGCUCGCUGCUUCAGCUGUUUACACAGCGAGAUGCUCCUUGAACAAGUCGCCGGCUUGGAGUGAGACAUUGAAGUUCCAUACAGGCUACUCUGAAUCUGAGAUUAUGGAAUGCUCAAAGGUUCUAGCUUUACAUCACUCGAGAUGCGGAGAGAGCAAGCUACGUGCUGUGUACAAGAAGUACUCGAAGAUAGAGAACGGAGGCGUUGCUUUGGUUUCACCAGCCAAGUCGCUAUUGGGUUCUGCUGCUGCUGAUUCGAAGAAGCCUUGAUUGAUUUUUUUUGUGUGUGUGUGUGUUUGUUUUUCAUCAGAUGUCUCUCUGAUUCGACUUUGCUUCUUAUAAGAAGAAGCUCUUUGUUAUGAGUUCAAAAGUUGUAAUGAAUUCUAUACGAGUGACGUUUGUCCUCUAUUGAUGUCA